UUAAAACUCCCUAACCGAUCUCUUGGGUUCAAAUUUCAAAAGAAAGAGAAGUGACCGUUGGAGUUCAUUGUCUCGGCUAUUCACGAGGCCCACCGCCGCUGGCAAAAUGGCUAUGGUGUAGGUAUCCGUUCCUCCUUGAUCCCGAAACCGUCGCGCAACUAGCUAUGAAGCGGAACUCUAAUCCCCACCUGAAGAGUUUAUGAAUCGAACGCCUUUCCCCCGAUCAGUCUCUUUUUCCCUCUCUCUCACAGAGCCAUGAGACGCCAUGGGUGGCAGCUCCCUCUUCAUCCCCUUCAGAUGUUGGGGAUUUCAAUUUACAUUUUCUUGGUAGUAUUCUUCUACGUCUUCUUAGGCCUCUUCGUGGGAAACCGGGUCGCCGUGAAUACUAUACUUACCCUCUUCACUUUCACAGCGUUUUCAGUAAUGGUGCUGUAUGUAAGAUGCACGGCUGUUGAUCCGACUGACCGGACUCAUCAGAAGAGAAUGCGGUCUAAGCACAACGCGCUUUCGAGGCUGAAUUAUAGAUUUCUUCUGGUUCAGAUUGUGUUAAGGUUCAUCAGGAGGAUGGAGAAGAAGGUACUGAGGGGUUGCCUGAAGAGAAACUACGUUGAUACAUGGACAUCUCCUGUACAGAUAGAGCCAUUAUUGCCAUUUCCACUUGUUGACAAGGACGAUGCAGUUUCGCCUGAUCUGAAAUAUGAAGACAUCUCGUUCUGUUCCUUUUGUGACCUUGAGGUGAAAAAGCACAGCAAGCACUGCAGGAGUUGUGAUCGCUGUGUCGAUGGGUUUGAUCACCAUUGCAGGUGGCUGAACAAUUGUAUUGGAAAAAGGAACUAUACCACCUUCAUCCUCCUGAUGGUGUUCGUUAUGUUAAUGCUGGCAAUUGAAGGAGGAAUAGGGAUUGUGGUGUUUGUACGUUGCUUCGCUGACAGAACGGGCAUCAUGCAGGAUGCAGAACUGAAACUGCACAUUAGAUUGCCAAUUUGGGUCAUUGCAACCAUUUCUGCCUCCCUGUCUGUAAUUGCAGCGUACAGUUCCAUAGCACUUGGGCAGCUCUUCUUCUUUCAUGUAGUUCUUAUUCGAAAGGGAAUGAGAACAUAUGAUUACAUUCUUGCAAUGAAGGAAGAAAACGAGAUAAUGGACAUAUCGGACGAAUCAGAUUUUUCAUCUGAUGAGAGCAUUGAUCUUGGCACUCCUGAGAAACUUUCCAUUGCUUCAAAAUUCACGUGCAAAGGAUGCACUACCAACUCUGGCGACAGACUGGCAAAGGUAAACAGACAAAUGGACAAUUCCAGCACGAAAAGCAACUUCAAAGUGCCGAUUGACCCGUGGAGACUUAUAAAAAUGAGCAAAGAAAAAGCCUGGAUGGCAGCUGAGAAAGCUCGUGAAAGACUUAGGAAACAAGCGCCAGUCCAUCCUGAUAAAGGAAAAGGAGACGAGUUGGAUAUACAAGCAUCACUAAAGCCACUUCCCUUGGAGCAAAAGAGUGGGCCAUUGAUGAAUCAAGAAAGAAAAGCCUGUCCUCCUAUAGAUCCAGUGAUUACCAGAGUUUGGUUGCCUAGUUCACCGGUGAGAUCAAGUCCAAGAAGGAGAAUUCCGAGUUCCCCAACUGUAUUCUCCAGCAGUCCUAGUGCACUGCUGGUCUCCCGCCGCCAGAGUCCCUUGGACUCACCUCGAGUGUACAAGAAUACCUUUGAUUUGAAGCUGACGGAGGUGUCUAUAGAACUAGAGACUUAUAUCUCUAAACAGGUUUUAAGUUCAAUGUUGAAGAAAGGAAGGGGAGAGGAGUCCCCGAUGUAAACUAGUCACUACAACAGCACAUCAUCAUUUCAACUGUUUCUCACUCUUUGAGAAUUGCUUGGUAUAUUACAUUGGAUUUCUUAGAUGCAA